ACCAGGGUUUCAACGCCAGCCGGAAAACCUGGCCCGCUGCACAAACGGAAAACAUCUUGAUUUCUCUCCGCCGUUGUCUGCAGUCAUGCUGAAGGGUACCCGUGUUCAGCUCCUUGUUUUCCUCUUGUGCAUUCUGCUAUUGAUUCCUAAUCCAGCAGAAUGCUGGUGGAGAAGACGACGGAGGCGAUGCCCUCACCCACCAGACAACCCCCCAUAUUUCACAAGAUGCCCCUCAGAGAAAAAAGUGAACACCGACGAGGCAGAUGGUAAAAAGAGUGUUUCCUACAACAUGCCAGAAGCAGCAGACGACAGGCGUCUCAACGCUGUCAGGAGGAUUGAAGGGCUGUCUUCUGGAAGUAAAUUCCCCAGUGGAAGGAACCGCAUAUUGUAUGAAGCUGUAGACUCAGCUAAUCAACGUGCACACUGCGAGUUCUAUGUCACAGUUACAGUUCUGCGCUGUCCUGGCAUUCAAGCAGAGUACUUGCGCUGGCAUUCAUGCAGUAAGGACAACAUUGCUGGCUCGUUCUGUACAUUCCACUGUCCUACAGGAUACGAUGUAGUCGGGUCAUCUACAUCACUCUGCAAACAUGACCUCUCCUGGUCUACACCAAGCCCUACAUGUCAAGUGAAGACUUGCACUUCUUUGCCUGAUAUUUCCAAUGGAGGGUACAGCUGUUCUAAUUCAAACAAAUACAACAGUGUUUGUACGUACUACUGCAAUGACGGCUUUGGAUUCCAACCAGGGGACUCACAAGAACGUACUUGUCAGGACAGUUGGUCUGGAACAGCUCCGUCAUGCAUUGAUACUCUGCCUCCUGUCUUCGACAGUUGCCCACGGACCUUGUCACGGGAGGCAGACGAUGCCGCAACAAGUGCCCUGGUCAGCUGGGCCAUGCCCACAGCCAUGGACAACGUUCCAAGUGGACUAACCGUAUUCCAGAUACAAGGAUUGCCACCUGGCAGUCGCUUCAGUGAAGGGUCUCAAACCAUCCAGUAUCAGGCCCGAGAUGCCCAGGGCAAUACUGCUCUGUGUACCUUCAGUGUCACUGUCAUAGUGAUAACAUGUACAGCUUUAUCAGCUGGUGAUGGGCUGGUAAUCAACUGUCCCAGUGGGCAGAUCAAGGGGGCCAUGUGUACCUUCCAAUGUGAUGCGGGGUACCAGUUACUGGGAGGCAGUAGUGCUAUUUGCCAAUCGGACCAGUCAUGGAACCCACCUCAACCAACCUGUGAAAUUUUGAGAUGUCCCCGGCUGGACCCCCCAGCCCAGGGAAACUUUCGCGAUUCACAGCCUUGCGGCGUCACCUUUGGCUCUUGGUGCUAUUUUGUCUGUGAUACUGGCUACAGGAUCAUUGGUAGCCCGGCAAGACAUUGUGUUUCGCGUCAGGACCAAGCUAGUGCAUUCUGGGAUGGAACUGCAACCGAAUGCCAAAUUAUCACCUGUGAGGUGCCGCAACUGGGCACCGGCUUGCUCCCAACCCAACCUGAUGUGUGUUCUACUGGACGAGAUGUGGCAUACAACGCCUUCUGCAGCUUUGAGUGCGCUGAGGGGUAUUCACUGCAAGGUGAAUCGUCAAUGACGUGUGGCGGUGAUGGUCAGUGGCAACAAACCUUGCCUUGGUGCACAGAAAUCACCUGUGCUAGCAGUAACCUACCCGCCCCAGUGAAUGGCGUCAAGACUGGUUGUUCGAGAGAGCAUGAGUCCUACGGCACUAUCUGUACCCUGUCAUGCAAUCGUGGGUACACGCCAACAGCCCCGAUGCAGAGAACAUGUCAGAGCGAUGAGAAUGACAGUGGAGUGUGGUCCGGUCAGACUAUAUCCUGCUCAAUUGUGACCUGUCCACGGUUUCCUUCCCCCACCAACGGUUUCAAAUCACGCUGCGUCCGCAACGGGCAAAAUGUCACUACUGGCGGUCUCCAACGUUUUGACACGACCUGUACGUCAGCAUGUAAUGAAGGCUACACCAUCUUUGGCACAGCGACACGUAACUGCCUGGUAUCUGGCACCUGGGAUGGCACCAGUGUCGAAUGCAGAGAUGAGAAAGCUCCAGCAUUGCAGUGUCCUGUGAACCAGGUCAUCUUCACUAGAGAGGGACACAGCACGGUGACCGUGUCUUGGCAUUGGGAGCCUGUUAAGGGCACGGAUGCAGGCCGUGAGAUUACCGCCAUGCUGCUGUCCAUCAACUCCGUGCCUGUCACCGGCCCAAAGCCAAGCACCUUGGAAGAAGGGACCUACUCACUGGUCUACUCGGCGACUGACAACGCAGGCAACUCAGGGUCCUGCUCUAUGCAAUUGGAGGCCAGAGUGACCCGCUGUACUGGCCUGACCGUCCCACAGCAUGGUGACAUAGACCUCGCAACGGGACAUGGCUCCUGCCUUGGAGGUGCUGUCUAUGGCUCUGUCUGUGAGAUUAGCUGUAACACUGGAUACACCUUGUCAACAGAGGGUGCCACUCUGAGGCGACGUUGCAACCGCUUGACCAAUACGAGCAGUCAGGGAUAUUGGACUCUAGAGCAACCGACGUGCAGGCCGAACUGGUGCCCCUUUCCUAGCAUCACCCAUGGCUACAUAUCUAGUUGUUUAGGGAAUGGAACCACCUUUGGGAACUCGUGCCCAUUCCACUGUGACCCGGGUCACAGGACAGCCAGCGGAGAGAGUAACCGCAACCGCCAGUGCCAAGCAGAUGGAUCAUGGAGUGGACCUGACUUCCAGUGCACAGUGGCUGUAACAUGCCCCGGCUCCUUCUUGCUUCCACAUGGAUGGUUGGAUCCACCUGCUUGUCGCCAAAAUGCAACCUUACCCUACAAUACCACGUGCCGUUUCUCGUGUGAUGAUGGCUUCCUCCAGCAGGGACCUACGGUGAAGACUUGCACCGACAGCGGAGAGUGGGACAACCUCCAGUCCACUGUUUGCUUGGAUGAACAGCCGCCAAGCUUUGAUGUCUCCUGCCCUCAGUCUGUGGAAGUGAACAGCGACUUUGGUGUCACCUCAAAGGUUGUCACCUUCGAGGUGCCGACUGCCACUGACAACUCAGGAAUGGUCAAUGUGAACAGGGUAAGUGGUCAUAUGGCUCCUGGUAGCAGGUUUCCAGAAGGAAGAACAACAGUCACGUACACUGCGACAGACCCAAGUGCCCUGUCUUCACAAUGUGAUGUUAUUGUGACCGUUGUAGUGCACCGUUGCGAGAGACUGCAAGUGCCUAUUUCUGGUUCCAUUAACUGCGAUCGCUCCAGUCCUGUUGUUGGCACCAACUGCACCUUGAGGUGUAACAUCGGUUACACACUGAACGGAUCGCAGGACAGAACUUGUCAAUUAUCCAGUGAUGACACGCCCUACUGGGACGGAGAGACUACUGUGUGUACAAUUGUGAAAUGCCCUGCCCAGACUGCCCCACCCCACUCCAUCAAGUCUGGUUGCAACCUCCCCUCUGAGCCCUACGGCACUGAGUGUUCCUUCUACUGCGAGAAUGGUUACGAGGCUCAGACUAGCGAUGACGGGAGGUCUCGUUGCCUGGCUGAUGGCACCUGGUCAGGAACUGACCUUGUCUGCAACGAAACGCGGUGCCCUGUUCUGAGCCCAGGGGCAGGUAUUGCGCUCACCCCGUAUGUCUGCUACGGCCAGCCUGUAUUUGGCCACAACUGUCUGCUGUCCUGCACCCAGGACGGGUUUGUGAUAGACCCACCAGGCAGUGACUAUGUCACGUGUCGGAGCAAUGGAAAGUGGUCUUACAACAUCUCUGCCAUUCAGUGUGUUGAUCGCCAAAAUCCCCGCUUUACAAGUUGCCCCUCCGUCAUAGUAGCGUAUGUUGAUAAGGGUUCAACAUCGGCACAAGUCAAUUAUUCUCUCUUCACUGUUGACAACGAUGGUACUACGCCUACAGUGGCCUGUGACCCAGGGUCAGAUUGGUUUAACAUUGGUGAUCACAGGGUCUCCUGCGUUGCCACGGACAGGGCCAAUAACUCAGCAACGUGUUCUUUCCUCGUGGAAGUGAAUGAGCGCAUGUGUCCUGUCCUGUCCCCCCCUUUCUUCGGAGAAUUUGUGGGCGAGUGCGACAAUGUGUAUGGCAGUGUUUGCAACCUCAGUUGCAACACCGGGUACCGCUUGGUUGGAUCUAGUGUAGCGACUUGCGAAUUUGACGGCAAUCUUACGUACUGGCACCAAGAGGAUGUGCCGAGCUGCGAGUUAAUCAGCUGUGAUGCCCUGUCCCCUGGGGACACUGUGCAAACCAUUCCGCCAGUCUGCACCACUGGUAGCCCGCUAGCUGGCACCCGGUGCAGCUUCUUCUGCUUGAACGACUUCAGCCUUGUCGGAGGUGUGUCGUCGAAGCUGUGCACUGCAGAGUCUAUGUGGGAGGGUGGUGUCGGGGACCUGCCUGUUUGCAAAGAUGAGACUCCUCCUGUCAUAACCUUCUGCCCUGGACCCAUCUACGUCACCGUGGAGAAUGUGUCAGGAACGCCUGUGACCUUUGACACUCCAACAGCAAGGGACAAUGAUCCAUCCGAUAAUCUGACUUUGACAACAUCACCAGUUGACGUAGGCUCGCCGUACAACUUCACCAAGUCCACACUGGUGGUUUACACCUUCACAGAUGCUGCUAAUCACUCAGUCACCUGUACCUUUCUGGUGCAAAUUGUCGAUGGAAGAGGCCCCGUUGUUGUGUUUUGCCCGACCUCCGGCUACAACGUCACCACCGAGACGUCACUGACAGAGGUGACUUGGGAGGAACCAGUCUUUGAAGACCCCUCGGGAGACGAGCUGGAAAUCAGCAACAACAGGGGGUCAGGAAACAUGGCCACCUUCCCCUGGGGUACACAUGUAGUGAUGUACACAGCCACGGACACUAGUAACGGCAAGACUGCGGUGUGUGAAUUCCUCAUCGACGUCAGACCUGAAGAGUGCCCACGCCUGGACGCUCCUGACAAUGGUGCCUUAGCCUGUGACAAGUGGGCAUACGGUCGUUUCUGUAACAUUUUCUGCAAUGACAACUUUGACAUUCCCCGACUUAGCAGCAGCCAGCGGCCACCGAAUCAAUAUGUCUGCGGCUUGUCUGGUGUCUGGACUCCUCAUAACUUUGUGCCAGAUUGCUCAGAAACGAAAAACCCGCGCCGUGCCAACCUCCCCUCUGAGCUGAUGUAUUUCACCGGAGAUUGCAGCAGUCCAGAAACCAGAGACAGCAUCGCUGCAGCUUUCAUCACACUCCUGCAGAACUCCAACUUUGCAAAUGUCUGUGACCCAUCUGAUGACUGUACAGUGGGGAAUGUUCACGUUAUGUGCGGCAGAAGGGAUCAGAGACGACGAAAGAGAAGCCUAAAUGUUGAUGUCAGUGGCAAGAUUUAUCAAAGCCGACUGCAAAGAUAUCCAGUGAAGGCCGAACAAGAAACCAUAAAAUGGAACAAGAUGCGGCUGCGAUUUGAUGAGAUGGCAAAAGGCUCGCCAAGAAGACAUAUCAGAGAAACAGGUCCCUGGGAAGCAGUUAUAUCUUUUGAGUUCAGUGUUAACAUUCACCAUGCUGAAAACAGAACAAGCUUCAGUUCGGUAGUGAAUGCAGAAAGUACGAUGAUUGAAGCAGCAGAAAGUUUCAUUUCUAGCCUGGAGGACGGAACAACACCAGCCCUUGAAGUGCCUGGCCUCUCUGUUGUCUUGGUGGAGCGUUCAGGGACUUACAGCUAUGCUACAGUCUCGUGUGAACCAGGAUACUUAGCCAACAAUGAUGAUUACAGAUGUAGUGCCUGCAGCACGGGCUUUUUUUACGACAACUCAACCGGCGAGUGCCAUUUUUGUCCCAGAGGGUACUAUCAGGAGGCACAGGCUCAGUUCACCUGCGAUCAGUGCCCCCCUGGAACCACAACAGUUGUCGAAGGUGCCAAGAAUGAAACAUGGUGUGAAGAGGCCUGCCUUGCUGGUAGUUUUUCCUCCAAUGGCGUCGUUCCUUGCUUGGAAUGCAUGCAGGGAGAGUAUCAGCCAUUACCUGGUCAGACAUCAUGUGUCGCCUGCCCUAACGGCACGACAACACAGGACUAUGGAGCUCAGUCUUUCAACCAGUGUCAAGAAAUUUGCAAUCCUGGAAAUGUGUCAGACACGGGACUGGCUCCUUGCAGACCUUGCGAACGCAGCACGUAUCAGCCCCUGACCCAGCAACUUCAGUGCAUGCCCUGCCCCAAUGGCACCACAACAUUGACCACCGGGGCCACCUCCAUCGAAGAGUGCAAAGAAAUUAAUGAAUGUGAGAGCUCCCCAUGUGAGCACCAGGCUACCUGCGUGGACCUGAUGGGUGGUUACCGGUGUGACUGUCCGCCAGGCUAUCAUGGAAUACACUGUGAAAUUGACAACUGCAUGGGUCACGUUUGCGCCAACGGCGCGACCUGUGUAAGUGGAAGCACAAACUAUCUCUGCCAGUGCAGGGACGGAUAUGAAGGAGAUUAUUGUAAGAUAAACUUCAACGAGUGUGCCUCCUCACCGUGUGAGCAUGAAGGUGUGUGCAGUGACCAAAUUAAUGGAUAUCACUGCCAGUGUACGUCCAACUACCACGGUGCCCAAUGCGAAUUGGAGAUUAACGGGUGUUCUCCGAGUCCCUGUCAAAAUGGUGCAGUUUGCAGUAUUGUAGAUGCUGGGUACCGGUGUGACUGUGCACCGGGCUACAGCGGUACCAACUGCACCUUGGACAUCAAUGAGUGUUCUAGCAGUCCGUGUCUUAACGGAGCUACCUGCCAAGACAAGUCCAAUGGCUAUGACUGCAUCUGUAGAUCAGGCUACGAAGGCACCCACUGUGAGACUGACAUGGACUGGUGCGCCGACACACCUUGUCAUAACAGUUCCACGUGCGUGGAUCUGGGGUCAACCUUUCGCUGUGUUUGCCCUCUGGACAGAGUUGGUGACCUCUGCGAGACCUUGAAGACUCCAUGCCACGACACCCCUUGCAUAAAUGGUGCCACCUGUGUUGUAAAUGCAUAUGACCCAGACUUAUACACCUGUCAGUGUGUGGCUGGUUACACUGGCCUCAACUGUGAGAAAGAUUACAACGAGUGUGCCUCGGGGCCUUGUUCUAACGGAGGCACUUGCAUCGAUGAGCUCAAUGCAUUUAUGUGUGAAUGCCCACCAGGAUAUGAGGGACAUAACUGUGCCUCUGACAUCAACGAGUGCUCGUCCAAUCCGUGUGGAGUUGGUAACACCUGCGAAGAUGAAGUCAAUGGUUACAUCUGUUCAUGCCAACCGGGUUUCACUGGUACCCAUUGUGAGAAUCGUAUUGACUACUGCUCGCCGUCUGCAUGCCAGCAUGGGGCUACGUGUAAUAAUACACUCACUGGGUACCAGUGCAUAUGCGCUGCAGGGUUUGCAGGCAUGGAGUGUGAGCUCGAUAUUGAUGAGUGCGCUUUAGGACCUUGUCAGCACGGUGGGAAUUGCACGGACCUUGUCAAUGGAUACGUCUGCCAGUGUAGGGAAGGCUUCUACGGAUCGGUUUGCCAAAUCAACAUCAUCGACUGUUUCCAAGAUGCCUGUCAGAAUAGUGGUACUUGUAUUGAUGGCAUCAAUGACUACACCUGCAUCUGCCCUGACGGUUUCACUGGUACCCGCUGCGAGGAGCCAGUCGACUAUUGCCAAAGUCAUCCCUGCCAGCACAGCAGCGUAUGUCAGAAUGACCCACCAGGUUACAGAUGCACCUGCACGCCAGGAUUUGUGGGACCCAACUGCGAGGAGGACUUUAACGAGUGCUCGUUAUUUCCCUGUGUCCACGCUUCGUCCUGUGUAGAUGGUGUCAACAACUAUACGUGCAUUUGCGAGGAGGGCUAUGACGGCAUGAACUGCGAGCGUGAAAUUGAUGAGUGCGCAAGCAGCCCCUGCCUGUAUGGUGGAACUUGUUUGAAUCUUGUGGCUCGCUUCGUGUGCAGCUGCGUUGAUUGGCGAACCGGUGGCAGGUGUGAAGAACAGAUGGAUUGGUGUCAAAACAAGCCUUGCCUGAAUCAAGCAACAUGCCAAAAUAUGAUUCAAGAUUUCAGAUGUUUGUGCGCAGAAGGCUACACAGGUGAGCUCUGCGAUGAAGACAUAAAAGAGUGUGACUCAUCACCCUGCCAGCACGGCAGUGAGUGUGAGGAUCAGCUCAACGCCUACGUCUGUCGCUGCUCACCUGGCUACAGCGGAGUCAAUUGUGAAGAGGAGAUCAACGAGUGUCAAGUACUCAACGUUGAGUGUCAGCACGGUGGGACUUGUGUUGAUAAGCUGGCUGGCUUUGAGUGCCUUUGCUCCGAAGGAUACAGAGGACAGUAUUGUGAAGAUAAAAUCAACCAGUGCCACUCCGACCCCUGUCAGAAUGGAGGUACCUGUAUGGAUGGGAUAGCAGCAUUCUCCUGUGAAUGCCCAACUGGGUUUGCUGGGCCACGGUGUGAGGUUCAGAUGAAUCUCUGCUUGGGCAUCCCUUGCAGUAACGGGGCCAUCUGCUCUCCGAUGCCCGGCGGCUUCUCGUGUACUUGCCCUGCUGGUUACAGCGGUGAGUUGUGUGACCUGAAUGUGGAUGAGUGUAGCAGUGAGCCGUGUCUGCAUCAAGCGUCGUGCAUAGACCAAGUUUAUGGUUACCAGUGCAUCUGCUUACCAGGGUUCAUGGGAGACCACUGCGAAACCGUAUUGCCAACUGAUUUUGACAUCCAUUUUUGGAACCAGUCUGCUGGAUCUCAUCUCAUCCAGACAUCAAGCUUGACCUCUCGUGACCUCGAGGCUCUCUCCGCCUCAUUGUGGGUCAGAUCCCAGCGUUGCCAUGGUGAUUUUAUCCUUCUGAAGCUGUCCACACCUGCUGGGACGGCCAUCAAGUUGAGUCACCCCAGCGAACUAAAAUUUAACAUCCUGGGUCUUGAAACUGACAUUGGAGGUUCACCCAACCUCUGUGACAGCCAUUGGCAUAACGUGCUGUUGACUUGGCACUCGCUCAAUGGCAGCCAAGAAUGGAGGUUAUACGUUGAUCGUUCGGUGGUGUCCCACGGCACUUCAAGGAACUCCACAUUAAUAAUGCCUCACGGACUGGUGCUUAGUCUGGGACCUUCAGCCGGUUGGAAUGUGCCCACUGGAUCAUCUGAGUUGGCGCUGAGUGGGGUGAACAUAUGGAGCAGGGCAUGGGGUGAAGCUGAGGUGCCAGACAUUGCGUCUUCAUGCAGACCAGUAUCCCCUGCUGAUGUGUUUGCCUGGAGCAAUAUAAUGAUCACACCAAGUCCUGCCGUUACCCAGACAUUGAGGGUGCCCUCCCAAUGUGAUGAUUUUGAUGAGUGUUCCUCCAACCCAUGUGAGGCUGGUACAUGUGAAGACCUACUUGGGACAUUUGUUUGUCACUGCCCGGAGGGAUUAGAAGGAGACCGAUGCCAGACCAGCACAGACUACUGUCAACCGUAUUCCUGUCUGAACAGUGCAACUUGUUACAGUGAAAACCUAGCCCACACUUGCGUUUGCCCAAUCGGAUAUAAUGGUACACACUGUGAACUAGAAACAGUGAAUGGGAACUGGGGUCCAUGGCAACCCUUCAGCGAAUGCACCAAAACUUGUGGAGGUGGGGAACGGCAUCGUUCACGCUCUUGUGACAACCCCCAGCCAGUCAAUGGGGGGCGGCCGUGCCCAGGAGAGGCCUAUCAGAUGCAAGAGUGCAACAUUGUAAAGUGCCCAGCUUGCAGAGCGUUACGGCGUCCUUAUCGAGGGGAGCUGGAUUGCAACGAGACAGCAGACGGGGAAAAAUUCUGCAGAAUCUCCUGUCGCAAGGGGUACGCCUUUGGAAGAGACAUUGUAGAAGUCUACCAUUGCGGGCCAAGCAGCAAGUAUUCCUGGAGUCACCAGACUGAAAACAAUACCUAUGCAAGAUUUCCUCCGUGUGUCAAAAUACAGCCGUAUUCUGGGAGAGUCAAACAUGUCCUCAUUUCCUUGCUGUCAACUGACUGUGACUCCCCAAGUGCAAAGGAGGACAUCAAGAAAGCUGUCACUCAAAGUGCAGUCAUCAAGCAACAAUCCUGCAUAGUGAGAGAGACCUGCAGGGCAGAGGUUACAGUUGGCAGUUGCAGCCAAGGAAGGGCUGGAAGUGGUCGCAUCGCCAGACAGGCAGCCAGCCGCGUAGACGUCUCAAUUUCAUUCUUCUCAAACGAAACCAGCACUGCUGAGAAUGGCACAGCAGACAGUGAUGAAUUAAGCCAGGCUGCGCAAAGUCUAGUUGACCUCAUAAAGUCUGGCGAAUUCACGGUGACCAUAAGUGGGGAGGUUGUACGACCUGAUCUUGAGUCAUUGGAAGAGGAUGAGUGGGGCUUGUGUCCAGAAGGAACUGUCACGAGUCAGGGGGGGCCUUGCAUCUACUGUGGUCAGGGAACCUUCCAUACCAUGUCAGCUGAUGUAGAAGGGGAGUACGAAUGUCGACCUUGUCCAGUUAACACUUACCAAGACCAGGCUGGUCAGACAGCUUGCAUCAUGUGUCCCUAUGGCUUGGUUACCAACGGUCAUGGCGCCAGUGACGUCAGUGAAUGCCAUGAACAGUGCGGUGCAGGGGAAUACCACGUGGUGAGUGACAUCACUGAGGACAUGUCCUGUGAGCCGUGUCCUCUUAAUUGGUACAACCCAGGGGAUGGUGUAGAUUACUGUCUGCCCUGCCCAGACGGUUUGGUUACCAACAAGACCGGCGCAACCCACAAAACAGAUUGUUACCUAUUGUGUGGUCAGGGAACCUUCCAGACCACGUCAGCCAAUGCAGAGAGAGAUUACGAGUGUCGACCUUGUCCAGUCAACACCUACCAAAAUCAGGUCGGUCAGACAGCUUGCGUCAUGUGUCCUGACCAUAGGGUUACCAAUGGGCACGGUGCCAUCUACAUCAGUGAAUGUUUUGAGCCGACGACUCCCAUCGUUGAUACCAGUUCAGUAUCAGUGAUGACCAGUACCAUCCAGCCCACUGUACCUCCAGAUCCUCCCGCCGUCCCAUUAGUCGUGGUCAUCAGUGUGACUGCCCUUCUUGCAAUCCUGGUGGUCGCAAUCAUCGCCAUCGUCUGCAUGGUCAAAGUGAAAUCAUUCACUAAGGUCAGGCCGGAUUCUUCCUCUAGUGAUGAUGAGCGGCCCUGCACCUCCUUUACCAUGCAGCCGAGAGUGAAUCCUGAAGAUUUUCAAGUUGGAAGCAACAUCCCAGGUGCAAAAGGCGUGUAUGAAGUGGGCAGUGACACCAUUCCAAGCGGCAGCCCUCCACCCUAUGAGCCAAAGUAAUUCUGCCGUACCGAACAUUUCUUGACCUGACUUGACCAUGUAUGGAGGCUGAGAGAUGACAUGGAGGCAGCUUGAAAUUCACCUUUUAUCCCUUGAGUGUAGUGAAUUGUGUUUGCAGUGCUGUGAAUGUGUGGUUUUGUUUUUUGCUUUAUUGUGAGCUAGAAUUUGAGAGGUUGGAAUUUGUAACAAGGACAAAAUUUUGAGACAUUUUUGGAUCCUUUUUAGGAGAUGAUUUUGCAGUAUUACUGUUACCUUGAUAGAUUUGCACACGAAAUUUCCCUGGGAGGAUAUUCCUGUUUUCAUGACGUUAAUUAACAUAUUUGUUUUUCUUGCUCUGUGAAUCUGCAUCACUUAUCGCAGUAGUCAAACUGUGAAGAAAGUUACCAGAGCAUAUCUGAGGUUAUGCACUUGUGGAAUUGUUAAAGAUUACAUAUAUGGCAACUUCAGCUCCCAUAGGUACUGAACGUAAUCAGGGCAAACUCGACGUCAGAUUUUUCUGUUUUCAAUGAGAAGUUUCUGAACCAGUUUAUUCAAAAUGUUUCCGUCCCUCAGUGUUAUCUGUCCAUGGUACUGUUAAUCCGUCCAUCCUAUUUUUGGCCAGACAAAAAAAUUACCUCUUAAGAUAUUGACACAAGUGUCACAAAAGUUCUGAUUAAUUUACAUUGCCCCCCAAACAUUCUGUUGGUAUUCCUCUCAAGAUAUGUAAGAGAUUUGUAUUGGCUCCGACAGAUGUUGGCUUUCUGGUGUUGCAUCCCAAUUACAGUAGCUUGAGACUUGCUAGUCUCUUUACCCCUCUGCAAAACCAGUCAAGGUCUUCCACAUCUUCAACUAAGUUUACUUGAAGGUGUAACUUUACUGUAGAGAGAAUGCAGGAGUUAUUUGUGAGGCAUAAUUACUUCAGAAUUUUGCGUGCCAUGAGUGAUUUUUUUCCUCUUUCAGAGGGAUGAAUUGAGAUUUUUUAUACAACUUCCCUGCAGUUUGAUUUUGAUGAUUUUGUUUUUCGUUUUCAGACGUUUGUGAGAUUUAUAAUUCUAAGUUACUCAGAUAGCUUGAGUUUGCCAAGACAACUCAGUUCUGCCGUUUUUUUUUCAACAGUUACUCAGGUAUUUUGACAUUUCCAUGCAUUGCAAAAUAUAUCAACAUGGAAAUCACAGAAGUGUGACUCCAAUCCAACCCAGCUCGUUUUGGGGAUAUCUGCACAAUAUACAUGUUAUUGCUCAUGGUUGUUUUACCUAUACAUUGCAAAAUAGAACAAGAAAAUCGUCAAAACCUUGCCACUUCUAGUCAUAUUCAGGAAAGCUGGAAUCCAAGUAUAAUUCCUGUACCCUCGUCCUUCCUGUGUAAUUGCAACACUAUAAAGAGUUGCAAGCAAAUUAAAAUAGAGGUUUUUAAGUAGUUCUCCAUUCACCUGAAUGACACCUGAAUGGACUGCUAGUACUGUGAGUUUUCUUUAACAACCGAUGAUGCGUGGGAAUAUAAGUAGAGUAUUUCCAUCCUUGACAGUUAUUCUAUAACUAUAACAGUAGCACCAAUGAAUCAUUGAUCAGCUUAACUAUUAGCUGAACUAUUUGACACAGAUUAAAAUUUGCUUUUAAAGCACGCAGCAGAA